GUUAAACGGGAGUAGCCCUAAGCACUUCAUUCCAUACAAAAGUUCUUGUCAAUUCUGGCAAGGGACAAGGUGCCAUAGAAGUAAAUAUAAGAAUAGAGUAGGGGAGAUAUAGACUCUACUACAAGUGGGAGUGUUCCUCUAAUUACUCUAAUAUAAAGAAAAAGAAGAUGAGACACCGCUAGCUUUGUCUCUCUAAUCGCGCAUGCGCAUUGGCAACCGUAAGCAUCUUACCAUUUCGAGUGAUGCCUUGGGAUGCCAUGCGUCACAAGAGAGAGAGAUAGCUACCGCUCUCUCAUCUACUUUCUCUUGUACAUCCUUAAAAGUGGGUUAAAUACAGACCGAGUAAAGGGUAAAAUGAAAAUAAAACUGCUUACCGGCCCGGUCUGGUCCAAGCCGGCAUGUCUGUAGCCGCACUGAGUCUAUAUAGUCUAUGGAUGACAAUGACAAACGAUAAUUUGACGUUGACAGUACAAUGACAGUCCCCGAGUGAGCUUUUUUCAUUUUUAUUAUUCUUCCCGAAAAUGGCCGCUUCAGGAGGAAAUAUUGAAUGGUCGACUACUGUAAAACCAAUUUUAACUGCUCUUUACGGUCCGUUUUUUGAUAAAAAUGAUGCCGUUGAGAUUAUACAAGCAAUCAUCAAAAGUGAAAGUGAAUUUCAGAAUCAUGAAGAUAUUUAUGACUUGUUCUACACAUGUUUUGCCUGCCUUUCUGCACAUUUUGUCAGCAUCAAUGCUAGCAAUCUGCCUAAUGAACAGCUGGGAACUGCACGUGAUGCAUUCAGAGUGAUAUUAAAACAAAUCCUCAAAAAACUUUCUGAAGCUGGAUUGAGUUGUGAUGAUACAUCUACAGCAGCUCCUAACAUUUCUGUUAAACAGCUUCUCCUGCCUAUUGUCGGAUUGUGCGGUAUUGAAGGGGGUGGUUAUCCCCAAUCAGACUUAGUGAUUUUGACAUCCCUCUUGAAAAAUGCAAAACUACCUGCUCAUGUUACUGUACCAGAAUCGCAAACUACAACAAAGUCGUCUGUGAUUCCGAGCCCUAUCACUUCAACAACCACUGAGAAGCAGCCGCCAUCAAACGCUCAGCGACGCUCUGACGCGCUGUUAGAACAACUGACAACCCCACUGAGGAACCCAGUGGCUUCGGUGACGUCACAAGCACAGCCUCCUGCGGCUGUUCUAUCUCCCGGAAGCAAGGAUAGUUUGGAGAGUGCAAAAGAUGGGAAUACUUCUCAACAGGCUUCUAUUGAUAUGAAGAAAUGGGUGGCGUCAACAUGCUCCUCGCUACUGAUGGAGUUGCGCGCCGGCUCGACGGUGUUGAAGGUGUGCUCCUCGCUGCCUUGCCUGCAGCGGUAUCUCAACCGAUGGCAGAGCGCCAAGGAGGCAGCCGUGGCGCCGCAGUUCAACUCUGAUGCCUCACUUCUUCAUUUCCUGGUGAACGAGGUGCACGUGUGCCGGCUGGCACUAUCGCUGCCGUGCCUCGAGCCGUUCACGCCGGAACGCAUAGCGACGCUCAGUGACGUCAGCACCGCCUGGCUACUGUGCGCCACGGCUCAGGCGUCACUGCAUCCCAAGGACGAGGAGAGCGAACAGCAGACAGCCACCUUGGUAGAAAGUGCGCUUAGCCUCUACAACACUGUUGGGGAGAUAUUCAAACAGUCUACGCGCGCUGGUGGCUAUGUAUAUCAAAACCACCUUAUGAUCGGCGGAUGGGUGCUGCUCUGCGGUUUGCAUCACGCUUUGGCCGGUGCCCCGUGCCCCACCACUGCGCCCGGAAAGAGCCCCGCCAAAACGCCUUCCAGGCCCUACAACCUUACUAAGAUGCAACAAGGUCUAGGCGUCGUAUGGGUGGCGUUAGGCGGGCGUUGUCUAGCUUGGGUGGGCGCUUUACUAGCAGACGCGCGACUCGAAGCGCUCAGUUGCGGCGACACUACUCCUUCCUCGGCCGCGCCCUUACACAUCCUGGCGCAACAUACCGCGCACCAACGAGAACUGAGGCUGGCCGCGGCGGCGCCUUUACAUCAGCUGUUUGUGGCACUGGGCGUAGUUUGCUACCGUAAAGCGACGAACCUAAAGCGUGCUGUGGUGCAGAAGCAGCACCAAGACGCCGACCCGGACCGCUCCGACUCCACCGUUUACUUCCAGGACAUGAUACUCUGCUCGGAGGACUCGGAGACUGAUGACGACAGCGAACCCCUAUUCGGUCUAUGGUUCGAAUCAACGCUAGUCGCCCCAGAUUCUUCAGACAACGGCGCCCUACUAAGGGGCUCCGGUAACAGCGACGCGCAAGAUUCCAGCGAGGCGCCCAGUAGACCGCACCAGGCCAUUGUGCCAGAUAAGUCGGAACCUUAUUCAUAUAUCACGCUCGCUACAGAAGUUUUCACACUUCUCACAGAUGAAAUCAUAAGCGAGGGUUCGGAACGUCUUGGGCCGGCGUCUCUACAGCUCCACGAAGCUCAUCAAGCGCUGCUCGCUGCGUUGGCUAAGGAUCUGGAUAGGGAAACGGCACGCACUGACACGGGCACUAUCUCUACGUGUUUCGGUACCCGAUUGGGUGCACUCUAUGCUUCAUUCAGCUCGGCGUUAGUACGAUAUCUCCAUAACUUGACUGGAGCGCCGGCUUUCGAGUCCCUACAACCGGCGUUGCAUCAACAGUUGGUCUCUGCGGGAUCGGAAAGGACUAAUAUGACACCUCUUCAGGUUGGUCCCCGCGUGGUGAAACUCUUAGGCGGCAUGGUGCUAGGUAAAGCGGCCGCGGAACGCGAGAAUAGCAUCUUAGCGAUGUGGAACAAAAUCGUGAAUACUCUUCAAGAGUGUGCAUUGCAAACGCAACCCUCGCAGGACCAUGACUACGAAGACUUGAAUGUGGAACAUGCUCAGCUUUUGGUGUACUUAUUCCACUCCUUGACUCUGAUGCAAAAGAAAUCCGUUUUAUUGAUGACAUCUAAUGCAAUCAUCAAGGUUGUGGAAACCUUACCAUUCAGUGACAGAAAGAAAGCCAUGACCCUAGCGCCACAUCAAUUGAUGCUCACCACAAGGCUGAUGCUUUUGUUGGAGUAUCUUAUGAGGCAUUUAUAUGAUGCACCUCAAACUUUACUACAACAGAUCGAAUGGAACCUCGUUAUAGCUCCUGGCUUAGCGCAACCAUCUUCCGAAUCUGCUACUGCCGGCGCUAAAACUACCACCGAUAGCGGUUUGCUAAAGGCGCGUAUUUACUGCGAAGUGCCGUACAUUGAGCAAGCUUACAGGCGUCUAUCGCAAGACGAAUCGUCAAUGAGGCCCAAAUUCUAUGCCCUGACAAAUGCAGAGAUCAAUAAUCAGGAGAACCCCAAGUUCGACGGUCUCGCGUGCAACUUCGUACUGGGCACGCCCCAUAAGUUGAAGUACCCUCUAUUAUUAGACGCCUUACUGGCGUUGCUGAAUUCCUCGUGCAUUUGCGACAAUCCUCAGUAUCAUGCGUCGCCCACGGCGCUGGCUGCGGCUCAUUAUUGCUUCCAGACCGCUUGGAGGCUAGUGAUAAGUAUGCCACCAGCUACUCCCCAUAUGGAUAAGCUUCAAGCGGGUAUAUCCGCCGAUCUACCCUCCCCGCUUCCGUUACACGCAGUUAUUUGGGCACCGAGAGCAGACAAUAAGAAGGUGUUCAACCCUUGGCUGAAGGACGCGCUGGUCAAACAGGGGAUGUAUACUCAGUAUGCUGAGAACUUGCUGGCAGGAGUAAGCACUUCUUGCGAUAACAUUAAAUACACGGCCUGGCUCGCAUCUGAGACGAUCAAGCAUUUGAAACAAAAUAUUACCCCAACUGGCUUACCCUCACUUUUGGAUGUGAUAUCCUGUGACUCGGCCUUAGUGAGACUGAAGGUUUGCCUCGCUGAUACGACGUCGGCAUCGGAGGCGCAUCAAUUCAUGCCGGAUCUACUCGAGUUGCUUGAAACAAUACUUGAAUGCUGUCGUGUAAGCGCAGCGUCGGAGCUGGAGUGCGCGGUGGAAGGUAGUAGCGCCAACGGCACGCCUGCGCCGCUGAACGCAUCUGACGUAGCGGUUUGGAACGCUCGCCUGCGAGUCUGCGGUGGAUGGGGCGGGUGCGGGGCGGGCGCGCCGCCUCUAGCCGUGUGGUUACGCGCGCAUCUACCGCAGCAGGCCGCCACGGCGUUGGAUCGCCUCGCUACACCGCCGCCGCUGGCUAGUAUGAACUUUGCUUUCUACGCAUCUCACAUAAUACCCUCGGAGAGCGCAGUCCUAAAUCUGGUGUCGUCACACUGUGAGCUGAUUAGUGCAAAUACAAAGUACUCGAUUGGACCGUCGCUAAUGAUGCUAGCGUAUUCCGCUGCUAAAUUGCUGGAAGUUGGCGCUAGCAAACUGGCUGACAAUCCUGACCUUAUGAACAAGACCCUUGAUUUGGUUGUGCCAGCCUUGACCGAUGGCCGCCUUGAGUUCAUGUCAGAAACGUUGGCGGCGACGCUCAACACACUGGUACCUCAGGCGCAGAAAGCCGAACAGUUGAUACAAGAACACAUACUGAAGACCACGUACACAGUGCUGGUGGAUAACCUGCAGCCGUCUACGGAGAAGACCCUUCGGCAUCUGGUCAAAUACUGGGAGAAAAUAUUGGACCGCCCAGCAGGGAGACUGGCAUACGAAACCGUUUUCGCUGACAAUUCAGGAUAUUCCCUAGGCAAGAUCCUCCUGACCGCUCCAAACGCUAGAAAUCCAUACUCAGAAAGAGUCAUAAAAUUGUUCAUCAAAAUAUUCAACGGCUGCCAAGGCGGAGAGCUGAAUAGUGUCCUCUGCAUAUCAGUAUGCAAGUUCAUUGGGGUAGCUGACCAACAAAAACUUUCUAGUCUUUUAUCCCACAUCUGUUUGAGAGCGCCUGCGUCGUCAAACGGCGCAUCGGGCACUGCCAACGGCUCACCCACGGAGACAGAGUUGCCGACUCCCACGUCUUCGGCGCCGGAGACUGGAAACCCUGCGUCGUUAGCAUUACGCAAUGCCCUACGUAGCGUGUUCCGCACGGAGAGUGACACCACGCAGAGGACCGAUGCGCCCGCGCAACGUGCAGAUCCGGAUCUACCUGUUUUCGAUGCACCAUCUCCCGCACCUCUUCCCCAAUCGGACACAACACAACAAUCUGAGAAUGGCAGUUGGUCCGAAGGUACGGGCAGCAAGGAAGGCACAGCGGGCGCCGCUGCCACUCCAGCCGCUGACGUCACGCCUGCCACUUUGACAGACUCUACCAAUGACAACGCAGCGUUGCUCACGGCUCUGUGCAAGCACAUCGUGAUGCAUUGCGGCGAGGAAGUGAGCGACCGCACGCUGUCUACGUUGAUCGUGGUUUGCGGCGAGAGAGCGUGCUCGCCGCUGUUGGUGCGUGAGAUGUGCCGCCUGGCAGAUGCGCACGCGGGCGCCGAUCACCGGCACCUGUUCCCCGCCUGUGUGUCCUGGCUCGCCGCAUGCGUUGACAAUUUGAGCAGCCAAGAAGUAUUGGAAAAGCUAGAAGAAGGCCAAGUGGACAGCAACUUGGCGCCUCAAAUCGAGUCUGCUUGCGUUCUACUCUCGUACCUUACGGACGCCUUGCACGCAAUCAACACCUCUCAGCCACACACGUGGCGUUCGGUCAGUCCCACUUGGGAGUCUCCCUCUGAUCUCGGAUUUGAAUUCGACUACACUGACGAGCAGCAAGAUGAUGAUGAUACCAGCGCCGAUGAUUCGGACGAAGACGCCAUGCUCCAGUACAAGCUGUGCACAUUCACUGUGACCCAGCGCGAGUUUAUGAACCAGCACUGGUAUCAUUGCCACACUUGCAAAAUGGUGGAUGGCGUGGGCGUGUGUACAGUGUGCGCACGCGUCUGUCAUCGCGGCCACGAUGUGUCGUAUGCGAAGUUCGGAAACUUCUUCUGCGACUGUGGAGCCAAACCCGAUUCUAGUUGUCAAGCAUUAGUGAAGCGAUCCGUAGCCCUGGGCGGAAGUCGAGGCGGUGCUAGCGGUACCGGGGCAGAAGAAGCCGCCCCCGCGCCGUCCCUGAGGCGCCGUCCCUCCAGCCCCGCGCCCGCUGCGCUCCUAGCGCCCCCUAGGCGGCCCGUGCUUGCCUCCAACAUACAAGGCUGCCGCAGCUACCUCCAAUCGUACGGCGGUUGGAACGCGUGCCUGGAGCGUAUACGAAAACUGCUAGAAUCUCUAUGCGGGCCGGUACGCGCCGCGUGUGAAAGGACCGCUCCCACCGGUGCGCACGGACGCGCGCAACGGGCCCUGGCACAACUGCACCUCGGCGAGAAGAAGUUCACCCACACGGAUAACCUUAUGCUGCCCACGUUAGGCUCCCGAGAAGGCGCUUUCGAGAACGUUCGCAUGUCGUACACAGGGGAGAACGGCCAGACAAUCAGGCAGUUGAUGUCUACGCACAAGCUACGAAGAGUUGCAAUGUGCUGCCUCGCAUCGCCGCAAGGUCGCCGCCAACACUUGGCAGUUUCACAUGAGAAGGGUAAAAUAACUGUACUGCAACUGUCUGCUCUGCUGAAGCAAACUGACUCGUCUAAACACAAGUUGACACUAACACGGCUGUCUUCGGCCCCGAUCCCAUUCACGGUACUGAGUCUCAGCGGUAAUCCGUGGAACGAAGACCUGCUUGCCGUGUGUGGACUUAAAGAAUGCCACGUGCUAACAUUCAACAGCGGCGGUGCUGUAUCAGACCACCUUGUAUUGAACACCGCUCUCGAGGGCAACAACUACGUGAUCAAGGCAAUUUGGUUGCCUGGUUCACAGACUCAACUGGCGCUUGUAACCUCCGAUUUCGUUAAGAUAUUUGACCUUAGCAAGGAUCUCAACAAACCGAUGCAUCACUUCCUUGUGCCAAGCGGGAAGGUCCGAGAUGUAACAUUUGUGAACCAAGACGGUGUAAUGCACAUGCUAUGCAUGAGCUCAGCAGGCCACAUCUAUUGGCAGCCCAUGAGCGAAGAAUCGCGUGCUACUCUUGGCACCUUCUAUGUUACGAACACGCUUGAAGUUCUACAUCCUGAAAUACAGGAUGUAGCCGGACUAGUUGGUGGAGGCGGUGUAUCCAUAUACUACUCGCAUACGCUCAAAAUGCUCUUCUUUUCGUAUGCUCAAGGGAAAAGUUUCCUUGCGCCACUGAAUACUGUCGAAGAUAGCGUGAAAGGCACUGCGAUGAUAACCGUUUCCUGCGGGUCGUCGCAAAAGGAGGGCGGGCGCGGCAAACAGGGUGGUGCUCAAUCGCUGUGCCAGUGGGCGGAAGUGGCGGGACAUCCGGGGCUCGUGACCGCCGUCAUGCAGGCCUCUAACAACCCCGUGGUGCUGAUGCUCACGCCCACCAACAUCUAUCUGCAGGAGGUCAAGGUGGUGCCAGCUAAGGCGAAGAUAACGGACAUGGUAGCGGUGCGACACUGGUUCGGUGGCGGCGGCGAGCAAAGAAGCACCCUGAUUCUACUGUGCGAGGACGGCAGCUUACGCAUGUACGCCGCCAGCGCGGAGCACACCGGCUACUGGCUGUCCCCCGCCAUACAGCCCACGCACGCGCCGCGUCGCCGCCCGCGGCUACUCACGCACCACGCCAAGGGCAAGGCGCAGCAGUCGGCCAUAAAGGCAAACGCAAACGGUGCGCCACAGUUCCCAAUCGACUUCUUCGAGCAUUGUGUGGCAAUGACGGACAUCGAGUUCGGAGGCAACGACCUCCUUCAGGUUUACAACACCGCACAGAUCAAGCAUCGCCUCAACACUACAGGAUUGUAUGUUGUUUCUACAAAAAUGAGCGGCUUCACAAUGGAAGUUGUCAAUUCUGAUCCUAAUAUGGUCGUAUGUGGUAUACGAGUACUACUAGGAAGCCAAGAUAUCGCUCGUACUCCAUCUUAUGUAGAGGUUUACGGAAGGACCAUUCAAAAAAUAGUAGUCCGAAAUCGGUGGUUUGACAUUCCUUUGACAAGAGAAGAGUCCUUGCAAUCAGAUAAGAAACUAGUCAUCAACUUUGGGCCAUCGCAAGACCCAGACGGAGUCACGAUGGUCGAUUCUGUAAAGAUAUACGGCAAGAACAAGGAGCAAUUUGGAUGGCCAGAGGAAAAUGAAGAUCCUUCAAGUUGCCCAUCGUCCACUAAAAUAGCACAGGAAGCAGAUGGAAGCAGCGGUGCCUGGAAACCUAGUUCAUUAGAGCGAUUAGCGUGUGCAGCGCUCGAAGCGCUAGAAUUGGGCGCUUGUGUGGGCGCAGCUGUAGGCACUACCGACGGAGGCGCUGAAGCUGCUAGAAAGCUACUGUGCGCUCCGGCCAGUGCUCACUUGCACGCAAGGGCACAAUGCUUACUACGGGCGUUGCACCACACACAUUAUCAUCAGUACAAGGACCAAGCUAUCUUGAAAUACGUAUGCACGUCGCUGAAAGAGCUACGCGACAUAUCGGAUCCGCGUAACAUCGAUCCAGAGGCGUUCUUCCGGCUCGUACUAUUGGCGCGGGGCGUUGCGGUGGCUCGGCCUAGUCAUCUAGUUGCGUACACUGCCCCUACACCGCCGAGACCUACGAACGGCGACUGGUCAGUGCUAUGGAAGACGGACCAGCAAGACAGUGAAGAGCGCGACCCCCACCUGAUCGCUCUAGUGGCGAGCGUUCUCUGGCGACUAGCGGAGUGUCGUACCACACAAGGCCCUCCUGGAAUCCUUCAAUAUGGACUACGUCACGCUGAGCAUACGCUGCAUGCUCUCGCUGAUACAUUGCACGCGUUCCAAUUACACGCCGACUCGGACUGCAUUGAAUUCGGCAACCAAGUAUACCUGUCAUUAUUGCUGGCUGAAGACCAAAGCAUAAGCUUCGGUACGAAAGCAGCCAUGAUGAGAGUUCUAAGGCCCAGAGUCAAAAAGCGACGAGUCUACAUCCCAUCGCCUCCCAAUACACCAGGCGCCGGUUCAUCAGUGACUACAGCUCAGCCGACAAGCUCGAUCACAGAGGCCGCAGUAUCAGAAGCGGAUAUUAGCGCCGCCCGCGAAGAAGCGCAGGAGAGUCAGUUCAUGGAAGUGGACGACUCGUUGGAACCAAUGGUGCUGCUCGCACCUGAUGCAGGUCUCGAGGCGUUACUGGACAUCCCUCCAGACGCGGACGACGAGACGAUGGUGGAGCUGGCCAUCGCGCUUUCUCUCCAGGAGCAGCCGCGCCGCGCGCCCGCGCCCACUGCGCCGCCGCCGCCCGCUCCCGAUCAUACGCACUCGCCCAACGGAUCUGACGACGAGGGUAGUACUGCAGCCACGGACGGAAGCACCCUUCGCACUUCACCCAAUGAAGCACCGGGCUCGGCUGGAUCCGAGAGCAACGACAGCAUCGGCGGCGUGUCUGGACGUAGCAGCGCUUACGGAGAAAUGAUGUCGGCUCCUUCAGGAGCUAUGACCACUACAAAUGCAAUCGCCGUGCCUGUAGCCAUCUCAGCCGGUCCUUCCACGUCGUCUCAUCCCGUGGCAUCGACGUCACGGGCCAGCGAGGUGGAAAACGAGGCGCGUAAGCUGCACGCACUGCGGUUGUCACUGCUGUCGGCCGCUCUCGACGCGUUGCCUACGCUGAGGAACUUGCCCGGUGUACGAGCUAUACCGUUUAUGCAAGUAAUACUCAUGCUUGCUGGAGAUUUGGACUCGAGCGUGGAAGGCGACCGCGCCGUUUUGGAACGUCUGCUAGAACUACUAGUAGCUGAGUUGGAUAUCCAAAGCGAAGAGACUCCACAAACUGAAGACAAAGCCGUCCGGCGUGAACUGCAACUCGCUAUCAUGCGGCUGGAACUAUUAGUAUCCGAGUUGGACAUGCAGGGCGAAGAAGUGACCCCGCCUGUACAUGAACGUACUAAUCGCCGAGAACUGCAGCUUGUCAUUAUGCGGUUACUCAGUGUGCUAAUGGCUCGCUGGAAGACAUCGGCCACAGGCGGUGCAGGCGCGCGGGCCGAAGUAUCGGGCACUGCAUGCGCCGCGCACGUUUCCCGAUUGGCAGCUGCUGCGUUAGUACGCGCUGGUGCUCCACAUCAUUGCUACCGCGUGCUCGCCGCGCUGUUGCCGUAUUGGAAGGAAAAGACGAGCAAUUCUGGAACUACGCCACCUGGUCAGCAGCUAUUAAAGCCUCAACCUCCGCAACCUCUACCGGAUAUGCUACCUUUCUUCGUGAAAGAAUGCGUGAAAAGCCACGCGCUUGAUGUUUUCGAUAACUACCCUCAACUGCUUAUGGAAAUGGCUUUGCGUUUACCAUGCCAAAUACAUAAGCACUGUGAUCCAGCUCACUUCGAUGGCCGUUGGCGUACGCUUCUCUGCGAGUACAUGAUGAACCAACAAACCCCACUGAGAAAACAAGUGCGCAAACUUCUUUUGCUGUUGUGUGGAACUCGUGAACGCUACCGACAACUUCGCGACGUGCACGCACUCGACACGCACUUGAACGCCGCGCGUGCGCUUAUGACUACCGAACCACCCGCGUACGAUAAACUUGUGCAACUCAUGGAUCAUCUCAAGGCGUGUGCGGAGAUAGUGAGCUCUCGUACCGGCAACUGGCAGCACACUUGCAGCGUGGAAAGACGCGAGGCUCUAGGCUGGCUAGUGACUGUGGCGAGACGUGUUCAUCCACACGUGGCGCCCACAGUACUGCAACUACUGCAGGCUGCUUUAUGCGCACCGCCUCACCACCCGAGACAAGAAUCCAAGACUGCUUCAACUGAUUGGCCUGAGCGCGAGCGCAGUGCCGACAGUGACGCUUACGUAUCAGAUGGAUCCAAGUUCCAGGAACAGAGAGUACCUGGUUUAGUGCAGCAAAUUUUGAAACAGGUCUCUCUAGAUGAGCUGUGGUUGUUCGUAAAGGCAUUCUUGUUAGAAACGAAUUCGACCGCUGUCCGUUGGCAGGCGCAUGCGUUGCUCCUAGCCAUUUACAACAACUCAUCCCAAGCGGAGCAAGCUUCACUGGUCUCGUUGCUGUGGGCGAUCUGGCCAACUCUGUCGCAGUACGGACGCAAGGCAGCACAAUUCGUCGAUCUACUAGGCUACUUUACCCUCAAAACACCCAAUAUUGACACUGAAAAAUACGUGGGCAGCGCUGUGGAACUACUGCGCAAUCAGAACCUUUUGCUAGCAUCACACGGUAACGCGGCUUUGUACGCAGCUCUCGGCGCAUACGUAGAACUGGACGGGUACUACCUGGAGUCUGAGCCUUGUCUCGUCUGCAACAACCCUGAAGUGCCCAUGGCCACAAUCAAACUGCCCACCAUUAAGAUCGACUCGAAGUUCACGACCACGACGCAGAUAGUGAAGCUGGUAAACAGCCAUAUGAUCAGUCGCAUCAGUCUUCGGAUUGGAGACAUCAAGCGCAGCAAGAUGGUGCGAACCAUCAACUUCUACUACAAUAACAGGACUGUGCAAGCAGUGCAAGAGCUCAAGAACAAACCGGGCAUGUGGCAUAAGGCGAAGCGCGUGCAACUUCAGUCCGGACAGUCGGAAGUACGCGUCGAUUUCCCCCUGCCCAUAGUCGCUUGCAAUCUCAUGAUGGAGUACGCAGACUUCUAUGAAAACCAACAAGCAACAGGUGAAUCUCUGCAAUGUCCACGAUGCUCGCAGUCUGUACCAGCUAAUCCAGGCGUCUGUGCCAACUGCGGUGAAAACGUCUUCCAGUGUCACAAGUGUCGAGCCAUCAACUACGACGAGAAGGAUCCGUUCUUGUGUCACGCGUGUGGUUUCUGCAAGUACGCCAAGUUUGACUACACGCUGACAGCGCGCCCAUGCUGCGCCGUCGACACUAUAGAGAACGACGAGGAGAGGAAGAAGAUGGUGCAGACUAUAGGCGCGCUGUUAGAUAAAGCUGAUCGUGUCUAUAGGCAGCUGGUUUCCAAUAAGCCUGUACUGGAGUCGCUUCUUCAUAAGAUAAGCGAACAUCGCUUAGAAGGUCGUGCCGGAGACGAAAAUAGCAACGCUAGCAACACGUCGUUUAGCGGUGCGCAAAUCAACCGAGUCAUACAAACGCUAGCGCACAAGUACUGCGUCGACAGCAAGGGUCACUUCGAGGACCUGUCCAAGAUCAUACAGAAGGUCCUCGCUUGCAGGAAAGAACUUGUCUCGUUUGACAGAUCCCAGAGCGAACAGCUAAAAGGUGACACACUACCCGUUUAUGCUGGUCUGGUGCAGAACUAUGAUAAUGACCUCUCGAAAGGAAUAUCAAAAGAAUCCGGCGGCGGUUGUUACGGUUGCUCGUUGGCAUGCGCCGAGCACUGCCUGACGUUGCUGCGGGCGCUGGCGUCGCAGCCCGAGCACCGAACCCGUCUCUGCCGCUUCGGGCUCGUGCAAGAACUCGUGCAGCAUAACCUGCACCGCGGCACUCCACAGUGUCAAGAAGAAGUGCGAGCUUUGAUCUGCCUCGUGACCCGAGACAAUUUACCAGCCACUGAACAGUUGUGCAAUCUACUGAGUCAAAGAAUUACACUUUCAUUGAUGGGACAUGCUGCCUCGCAAGAUCACAAUAAUUCGGUGCGGCCUCUUGUUCUCUUGCUAGGGUCUCUUGUCAAAGUUCAAGACUCGGUAGAGUGCUGGGAGGCGAGACUUCGCUGUAUUGUGAAACUCUGGGUGUGGUGUUGCCCACAUCUCACUGAAGUAGCUGGCAUCGCGCCGGCUUCUCAAGCGAUAUUGAAACCAGAUGUGCUGGCAGGAAUACCUGGGAUCAACACUUCGUCACCGAACUCUCAUCAGUUCGCGCUACAGCAGGUGGCGUUACCUUGUAUGCGCUAUAUGCAGCAAUUGAUGGCGCCCCCGCCGCCUGCGCCUGCCGCUUCAGAAAACGACCAGUCCAAGGAGACCAAGGAGGGCGUCAACUCAAGCACUGCUUCCACAACUCCACACGGCCCACUGCCCUCCGUAAACAUGGUGGUGGACUUGGCCUCAUGGCUGGCAGGCCGCGUUCCCCACCAGUACUGGCGGCGUUUGUCUGCUCCCGUACCUGCUCCCGAUACCCCGGCCGCUUCCGCACCCGCUACCGCCUCUGAUGCAGCCCCCCCCGCUGACCCGCCUCUGCCGACGCGGGACGCGCAUCUAGCGAUCAAGUACUUGGCCAAGUGGCGCGAACGGACUCUACUAUCUCACGGCAUGCGUCCGCUUGCUCUAGAAGACGGCGGUUGGUUGCGACCAGUGAUGUUUGAUCCGAGCUCGCGUAUAGCGCGUGACACUGCUUGCCAAAUGGUCAAAUCACUUUGUGACUCCUACGAAAGAACAAAAGCGGUACUGAUUCUUCUUACCAGUUUCUUGCCUGAAGUGGGAACAGCUGGAGAAGCCAGUGAGCAAUUCUUGCAACUGUACCAAAGUCUUGCAUCCGAAGCCCCGUGGAAGCAAUUCCUGGCUCUGCGUGGCGUUUUACAGCAAAUAGCGGAUCUGAUGACCAAGGAGAUCGAACAACUGCAUCGUCUUGAGGAAACUACUCUCACAUCGGAUCUUGCGCAAGGUUACGCCCUGAAGCGACUGACGGAGUUGCUGGCUAUGUUCCUUGAGGAAGGCGGCGCUCGUCGCGCAUACAAAGGGCGACUAGUUGGCGCCGUGCUGGGAGGGUACCUGUCGCUGCGGCGGCUCGUGGUGCAACGCACGCGGCUCACCGACGACACUCAGGAGAAGCUGCUGGAGCUGCUGGAGGAGAUGACUACCGGUACAGAGGCGGAAACCGCAGAGUUCAUGUCGGUGUGCAUUGAAACCGUACAGAAGUACCCCUUACACGAUUACCGCACGCCCGUUUUCAUAUUCGAGCGGCUCUGCUCCAUCAUCUACCCGGAAGAGAACGACGUCGGCGAAUUCUUCCUCACGCUGGAAAAAGACCCGCAGCAGGAAGAUUUCUUGCAAGGUCGUAUGUUAGGCAACCCGUACUCCUCCUUGGAGCCGGGCAUGGGCCCGUUGAUGCGCGACGUGAAGAACAAGAUUUGCACCGACUGCGAACUGGUGGCGUUGCUCGAAGACGACAACGGCAUGGAGCUGUUGGUCUGUAACAAGAUCAUGUCUCUCGAUCUGCCCGUCAAGGAAGUCUAUAAAAAGGUAUGGUGCACAUCGGGCGAGGGCGUAGACGCGAUGCGCGUAGUGUACCGAAUGCGCGGACUGUUAGGCGAUGCCACCGAAGAGUUUGUGGAGACUCUCAGCCAGGCCAGCGCCGAGGCCGUCGACGACGAACAAGUGUACCGUAUGGCCAACGUGCUCGCCGAUUGUGGUGGUUUGGAAGUGAUGCUACAGCGUCUGGCGGCGAUACAGCGCGUAGGCGCGGCCCGCUCGUUGUGCUCGACGCUGCUUCGUCUGCUAUCUCUAUGCGCGCGCGUACGGCGCUGCGUGCGCGUGCUGACGCGAGCGGAGACGCGCGCGCUGCCCGUGCUGCUGCGCGCGCUGCAACUGGCGGCCGAUGAGGAGCGGGAAAUGCCGCGCGCGCACCUCGUGUACCAGCUGCUGGAGAUAAUGGAACGAAUUCUAUCUGUUGCGGCGAGUGAGAGCUUGGAGUCGUUCUUACAAUUCUCUCUGACAUUUGGCGGACCCGAGUACGUUCAAGCUCUUCUCAACUGCACCGAAUGUCCAGGAAUCCGUAGCAACUCAGUAGCACUGGGUCAUCUUACACGCGUGCUAGCCGCACUAGUGUACGGCAAUGAUCUCAAGAUGGCGAUGUUAGUCGACCAUUUCAAGCCCGUUUUAGACUUCGACCGACUCGACUCCGAGCAAUGGACCGAAGAGGAGUUCCGCAUGGAACUGUUUUGUGUCCUUUGUGCUAAUAUCGAGAGGAACUCCAUAGGGGGAACGCUGAAAGACUACCUCAUAUCGUUGGGAGUUGUACGCGACGCGCUGGAGUAUAUCGUGAAACACGCCCCAUGCGUAAAGCCGACUCUGGUUUGCACCGAUUCCGACGAGCUGAAGGAGUUCAUCAGCCGACCGGCAUUGAAGUACAUCCUGAGAUUCCUCACCGGACUGGCUAACGAUCACGAACCGACACAGAUGCUGGUGUGCGAGAAAGUGAUCCCCAUAGUGCAUCGACUAGAACAAGUGUCUUCAGGCGAACACGUGGGCUCUUUGGCCGAGAACCUUCUGGAAGCGCUGCGAUCUCAGCCACAGUGCGCUGCCAAGGUGCAGCAAGUGCGCGACUUCACACGACAGGAAAAGAAACGUUUAGCAAUGGCAGUUCGCGAACGUCAACUGGGCGCUUUGGGCAUGCGCAGUAACGAGCGCGGCCAGGUGACGGCGCAGUGCUCUCUCACGCAGCAAGUGGCGGACUUGGCCGAGGAAGCAGGCGCCGUCUGCUGCAUCUGUCGCGAGGGCUACAAGUACCAGCCCACUAAGGUGCUUGGUAUCUACACGUACACGAAACGUUGCCCAGUGGAAGAGUACGAGGUGCGCGCGCGCAAGACUCUGGGCUACACCACCGUUUCACACUACAAUAUCGUGCACGUAGAAUGUCAUAUGGCUGCAGUUCGAUUGGCGCGUGCUAGGGAUGAGUGGGAAAGCGCGGCACUGCAGAACGCUUCGACCCGGUGCAAUGGACUCCUGCCGCUGUGGGGACCGCAUGUGCCCGAGUCUGCCUUCGCUAGCUGUCUUGCUCGGCAUACGACCUAUCUGCAGGAAUGCACCGGUCACCGCGACAUCGGUCACACGUGCACAAUUCACGACCUGAAGCUGUUGCUGCUUCGGUUUGCCAGAGGGCGCACCUUCCACGACGACACCGGGGGAGGCGGCCCGCUGUCCAAUAUGCAGCUGGUGCCGGCCCUAGUCCAUAUGGCGCUCUACGUCAUCAAUACUUCACGCGUGGCCAGCCGCGAGCUAUCGGCUCUGGAGACGUCGCUGGCGUGGCCGCCGCCACGUCUACUGGAGUCUGCGCACGACGCCGAGGGACCGUUGUACUACGCCACUAUGGCGCUGUUACUGUACCCGCACGACAAAUGGCAGUCUGUCCGCGUGGAGAUGCUGCGCCGCAUGCUAGUCAUAGGCCACUGCCGGGCCGUGUGUCCUGGAGGGCCGGCGUUAAGGGCAUUGACCGCUGAUCAACGAACACCCCGCCCCUGGACCGACUAUAAGCCCUACGCGCUGUUCGUGGCCGUACUGGAUCAGCUUUACACCGUCAUGUUCAAGAACGUAGCCGCAACAACCGUAGAGCAAUGGCCCGUAAAACUAGCCGAGCACAUCCGCCACAACGACGAGGCGAACGCUAAAGCGGCCGAGCGCAUAGUGUCUACUCUCACCGACGAACUGCUGCCUUGCGCUUCAUUCGCUGAGUUGUGCGAUGCAGCCGGUUUCCUAGCAGAAAUACCUGCGCCUGACGAUAUGCUGCAAGCGACGCUGGACGCGCUGCCCUGAGCCCGGCAUUAUACCGCCACCUGCCUCGGCUACAACGGAUGCAUGGCCUGUUGACUACACUAGACACCAUAUAUUUGUUCCCAUAUAUCAUCCCCUUACAGUUAAAUGUUAACCGCUGAUUUUCCCUUUUUUCUUCAAGUAAAUAUUUAAUCGACUUAAACAGGUAAAUUCGUGGUGAGCAAGCAACUGAUGAUGAUUUACGUGUAAGGGGACGAUAUAUCUAAGUAAAAAUCUGUGGAUUGCUACGCUGACGUACACUGGCCAUUUAGGGUCGAAUAACUUAAAAAGUAAAUUUUGUUUGUGCUGUGUUUGUUGACUACAUUUCAAAAACGAUUUGUAAUUAAAAUUUUAGUAAAAAUCCGGUUGUGCAAUUUGUUUUAUACAUUUUAUGUUAAAAGUUUAUUUUUAUAAGUUCGUUGAACAUGUAAACAAACCUGUAGAUCCGCAUACCGCUUCUAUCUGGUUCUAUUUUAUCGCAACUAGAGUCAAAGGCGGCUCGUAAUGUUGAACACGUGAAUGACACACAAUAGGACUGGAUUAGCGGCUGGGUUUACUUUGAAAUAGUUCAAUUUGUCAAAUUAACGUCAGCGAGGCUUGAACGAGACGUACCGUACCGACGCAUCCCUUUCACUAGUCGGGGUCAAGGACCUCCGGUAUAAUAUAAUGCACUCAAAUAAAGAUGUCACUAACAAAAAUGAUAAAAUUAAUCCGAUAGUUAACUAUGAUUUAUCUCUGUUUGGCUCCAUGUAUUCUUGUAUUCGAUGCUUGUAUUGUAAUCGCAUUUUUUGGUUUUAUUUAAUAAAUAGUUUUCGCUUUA